GAAGUGUCAUUGUAGUGCGCAGAUCUUAUAUAAACCGAAACGCGAGGAGAACGAUCAGUUUGUCAGCACCAUGGCUCGUCUCAGCACCCUUGUCUUCGCAGCCGCCGUUGCCCUCGCCCUGGUUUGUUGCACCACUAGUGCGCCUGCCAGCGAGGAGACCGCCGUCCUGAACCACAACCUCGGCUUCAGCGUCGAAGGCAUCGUCACCUGCUUGGCCAUGCUGGGCCUCGCUGGAAUGAGCCAGGCCGUGUCUGAGAUCAUAGAGAAGUGCGAGCCCCUCGGCAACGGCCUCAAGUACAGAGUCUGCGCUCUCAGCAAGUUGGCCAAGCUCGGACCCGAGUACCUCGAGUGCGUCAUCGAAUCGUAGGCGUCUCUCUUGAAAAAUAAAGAGUGAAAACGAAACAA